AAUUCUAGCCUGUGGAUUAAGCGGCGGAACUACUCUAAUUAUAGAAGGAGAAAAGAAAACAGACUUAGUGGCCACAUGGGAAAAUAAAAGGUGGUUCAACAUAAAUGCAACUUCAGCUACGACAGAUCUUGGAUGGAAUGUAAAAAAUGUUUCGUUGCCUUUCCCAGAUUCUUUAUAACUUAAUAAUUGUUUAGAUGGACGGCACUCUGUUGCUGACCGCAUUUUUAGAUGGAAAACUUGUACUUUGGAACAAGGAUACUGAAAAUUUAAUGGAAGUAAACGAUACCAGUGGUGAACAAGUAUGGGCCAUCAUUUGGAAUCCUUUCCUUCCGUACCUGUUCGCUACUCGCAACAAUAAGACUGUUUUAGUCUGGGAUAAUGCAAAGGAUCAACCCAGACUUCUCGAAAAAAAAUUUGCGCUUCAUACCAGUACAAUAAGAGACUUUGUGUGGAUUUCAGUUGAUCAGUUUGUUUCGUGCUCCGAUGACGGGUUAAUCUUGCUAUGCCAUACUGAAAAAGAUUCCCCAUUAAAAUCAUUCAGUCACGAGGAAGCUAUUUUAACUCUGUCCUGGAACAAUAUUUCAAAUCUCUUGGGAUGUUUAUCACGCGAUGGGACCUUAACGGUGUUGGCGAUGACGAAAAACGAGCCUGAGUUUGUAUCCAAAAAUGAAAGAAUGAAAAGGCCCACAUGUAUCGCCUGGUAUCCUACUCACAGCUCGCAAAUAACUGAAUCCAAUAGCACGUUAAUAGCCUGUGGUAUGGAAAAUGGAUCUGUAGUUUUUUGGGAUAUCCGUGGAAAAGGCGACCCAGUCCGAUAUCUUCUUGAACAAACAAAUUCAAUCUGGGAUGUUUCAUUUUCUCCUGACGGCAUGUUUCUAACUUCAAUUGACUUACAAGGGGAACUAGUUAUCUGGUCGACAGAGACUUGGGAAAUUAUUUUCAAGUCAAAGCUCUCCUUCCGUGCAUCAAAAGGAAUCUUGCAAUGGGGAGGUGAUGGACAUAAAUUGGCUAUUGCAAAUUCAAGCGAACAGAUUCAUAUUCUUGAAGCAGUUGAAGCUAGAGAAAAACACUAGAUUUCU